AUGGCGGCUGCGGGGGGCGCGGCGCUGUGGCGGAGGUUGGCGGCCUGGCUGCCGCGGGGUCCUCCGGGUCUGGCCGCUCUGCUCGGCCGCCUCUCCGACCGCCUGUCCCGGGGCCGCGACCGGCGCGCCCGCAGAUCAUCAUGGCUUCUCCUGGCCCCACUGCUCACCCCGCCGGUUCCUGUGAUCACAGCCAUGCCUUGCUCCCUUUGCCCAGAAGGAGCACACAGGUUCCAGUGGAUCAGGAAUCUGGUUCCAGAGUUUGGGAUCUCCAGCUCUCACGUCAAGGUGCUUUCUUCUCCAGCUGAAUUCUAUGAACUCUUGAAGGUGCAGAUAAAAACAGCCCAGCAGCGAGUGGUGAUGGCUUCACUGUACCUGGGAACUGGACUCCUUGAACAGGAGCUGGUGAAUUGCUUAGAAGAAACACUGGAGAAAUCAUUGCAAGCAAAUGAAUCACCAAACCUCAGAGUUUCCAUUCUUCUUGACUACACCAGGGGAUCUCGGGGCAGGAAGAAUUCUCGCACAAUGCUGAUCCCACUGCUGCAGAGAUUCCCUGAACAAGUGCGUGUCUCCCUUUUCCACACCCCCAACCUGCGUGGGCUUCUCAAGCUCCUGAUUCCAGAGCGUUUUAAUGAGACCAUUGGGCUGCAGCACAUCAAGGUGUAUCUCUUUGAUGAUAAUGUCAUCCUGAGCGGUGCAAACCUGAGUGAUUUGUACUUCACCAAUCGUCAGGACCGCUAUGUUCUCCUGCAGGACUCUCCUGAGAUUGCAGACUUCUUCACGGAGUUGGUGGAUGCAAUUGGAGAUGUGUCUCUGCAGCUACAGCGAGAUGAUACAGUCCAGAUGAUGGAGGGGAUGGUACACCCCUACCAAGGGGAUAAGGUGAGGUACUGUGAGAUAGCAAAUCGAAGAGUGAUGGAGGUGAUCGACUCUGCCAGGACACGACAAGAACUCCUUCAUGCAAAGACUUUCCACAGCAGCCAGCAAGGCAGCUCCACGUUACCCCAGCAUGACUCUGAAGCAUCUGAGGGUCUGAAACCAGAACCUGACACGUGGAUCUAUCCCUUAAUACAAAUGAAACCUUUUGGGAUUCAAAUAGAUGAGAUGGUCACAGAGACGCUGCUGACAGAGGCUGAACGAGAUGCCAGGAUAUACCUCACCACGGGCUACUUCAACCUGACACAAGCUUACAUGGACCUUAUUCUGGGCACCAGGGCAGAAUAUCGGAUUCUUCUGGCCUCACCAGAGGUGAAUGGUUUUUUUGGUGCCAAAGGGGUGGCAGGUGCCAUCCCUUCUGCCUACGUUUACAUAGAACACCAGUUUUACAAUGAGGUCUGCUGCCUUCACCAGCAGGAGAGGAUCCAGCUGCAGGAGUACUCCAGGGCUGGAUGGACUUUCCAUGCCAAAGGCCUCUGGCUGUACCUGGCAGGGAGCAGUCUUCCCUGCCUAACCUUGAUUGGGUCUCCUAAUUUUGGAUAUCGAUCCGUUCAUCGUGACUUGGAAGCUCAGGUUGCAAUAGUGACAGAAAAUAAAGCUUUGCAGCAGCAACUCCACCAGGAGCAGGAGCAGCUGUACCUCUGCUCAGGUGUUGUGUCGUCAUCAACGUUUGAGCAGCCAAGUCGACACGUGAAGCUGUGGGUGAAACUGGUAACGCCUCUGAUCAAGAAUUUCUUUUGAAAGAAGCAGAGUUGCAGCUUUGGGUUGAAGGUCCAGACGUAGGUGGGACCUCGCAUCCGUGUCUUAUAGACAGGGCAUUCGUAGACGUUCUUGGUGUCCAUGCGGUCCACAGGGACGGCUCUGAUGAAGAUGACUGGCAUCGUGGGGCUCAGCUCCUUCAGCCGAGCGUCUGCGAUGGCCCCGGAAGGGAUGUCCCAUCGAGCUCCUGCACGGUGACACAGCUGUCAUGGUACCAGCAGCCCCAUGCAUUUGCACUUCAAAAUGGCUGCUUUUUAACUACUAAUGGGUGGGCAGGGGUUGUUGUAGCAGCAGGGUUGCAGAGGGUCAAGUCUGAAGGUUGGGGGGGCCGUGGUUGAGGGGUCGCUGGGGCUGACGUGUUGGCGUCCCACUGCGACUCAUGAAUGCGUUCUGCCUUCUGUGUGUGGGAUGUCUGAACCAACUGUGCCCCUGCUCGGCCCUUCAGUGCAGGUUGGCAGGGCAGUUGCCUAGGGGAAGGUGGAACUUGGCUGUGGUGGGAGCUACGGUAGCUAUCUGACUUGCUCUGUGCCCUUGUUUAAGCUGACUCUUGGCACUCUGCUGUUACUGCCAUCUCAUCCCCUCUCGUUCUUUUUAGCAGUAAUUAUUUAUGGUCUGAGUUUCCUGGUUUGUCUUACCUGCACGUUAGACAGUAGUGAAAUGUAUUUAUUUGUUAGAACCGUGCAGCUUAAAGCCGCUGAGUCCUCAGGUUCUCAGCAGGCAGCCUGCCUUUAGUUUCUGGUUGGUGAAACUCUGCAUGAAAACCGGGCUGCUGCUGCCCUCAGCUGGUGUGUGUCUGACACUGGCAUGGGAUAAAGGCUCUCCUGCUUGGAGCUUUGUAAAAGCUGCCCCCAAAUUUAGUAAGUUAGUGAGUAUUCACACCUGCUGUGUUUGCAAGAGUUAUUAGUUCUGAUUUCUCUGUGCCUGAAACAUCUCCUACAGGAUGUAAUCUUUUACCUUCCAUGAAUAAGCCAUGUACAUAGGAGCCUUCUCUGGGUGGAGCUGUCAUAUCCUCCUUGUUUUUCUUGGUCACUUCCACUGAAAGGCACAUCUUGUCCAGUGGCCAUUCGUUUUUUCUAGCCAUGGACUGCAUGAUAGCAGUGAGGAAAGACUGGGGAUUGAAGAACCCUGCCAGCCACACCGUCACAGGCAGCACAAAGUCCGUUGUCCAGACUUCAAGUUCCUGGAAAACACAACAGCAAAGUGCUGUAGAGCAAAGCCUGGCCUUUGGACAGUGGAGCACAGCUCUGAUGUCACAGAGCUGAGCUUCAGGUGCUGGGCAGCUGGGGUGGUGUGGUCAGAGAUGAAUAAAUAUCAGAUUGCACUGCAGCUAUUCAACUCCAACUGUUAAUUUGGAUUGUAGUAACUCCUGCUGUUGUUUCUUUUUUAAAUACAUGGUUUUAUUAAACAUAUAUAUUUUUUUUCUGAGGUGUAUAAUGUUACAUUAGUCAUGUUCUUUCAGAACAGUGUCACAUACUAAUGGUGAUCUCGUCUCAACCUUGGGCUCUCAUUGGGAUAACAGUGCAGGUGCUUUAAACUGCUUAAACUAACACUGAAAAAUAAAACAGUUCACUACCAGUGA